AUGUUGGACCCACAUGAUGAGGCCUGUGACAGACGUCUUGCUCACCACUGGGUUGCGUUGUACUACCAAAGUGAAGAGCAGGUGGAAGGAGAGUACAUUAACAUGGCAGUAUGGAGGGAUUACGUUGCGUAUGCUUGUAGCUAUGUUAAUCCUAGACUAAGUGAAGAAGCAAUCCACAGAGCCAGUUAUCUCAUCGUAGAAGUCAAUAUUAUAUCCUUUGUACUUUUAUGUACUUUUUUCCAAGAGAUAACUGCCACUGCCCAUAAACGUAAGGAGGAGCUAGCUCAAGCCUUGAAGAAGCUUAUCCAGUCAAAGGGUAAAACACCAGCUCUAAAAUACCAACAGCUCUUUGACGAUCUCCGUGCACAGUCUGACGCAGCUGUCACUAAAGAAAUGUUCGAAGAAGCACUUCACGGCUUGGCUGAUGAUGACUUCUUGACUGUGACUGGAAAGACUGUUAGAUUGCUGUAAUGAAAUGCUAACUUAACAGCAGAGUUAUACUGUUUUUUCCAAGUACUUCCCUUGAGACCUUUCACAUUUAAGAAUAUUAUUCACUGUGGCCAAAUUCAUGUUGGCGACCUGUUGGUGAACACCAUUGCCAGCACUGUAAAUAAGGACUGCAAAAAGCUGAAAUUAAACACAGCGAUAUUUGUUUGAACAAAAUGGGUUACUAACAUUUCAUUGCAAUGUGUAUUUUCAAUAAAGUGCUUUGUAGAACAAGCUAACAAUUUUUAUGCAUUUUAAAGCACAAAUGUCAAAAUUCUUCUAGAACCACUGCUUUUUGACAUCAAUGCAACCUAAAUCAGUGCAUAUUAUUCUUUAGUAUUUUUACUACAGAGAGAUUAGUGCUUGUGACUUUUGGAAAUUAAAAUCCAUUGGCUUUAUUAAUAGCUUAUUUUCCUUUUUAUGCAUUUCAAAAAGUGAAGCUAAAUCUUGGUGAACACUUCAACCCAGUGUUCAGAAACUGCAAACAGACUUCAUUUUGUUUUCUAGCAGUUUAAAAGAACAAAGUAACCAUUUUUCCUUUUCCCUCAGAUUACUGCUCUGUUUCUCUUCCUCCCACCAAUGUUUGUAAUUGCUGUUCAAAGAUGUUUUUCUGCUUUGAACUUAAACUUUUACCAUAACAAGCUAUAAUAAAGUCAAGGUUUCAUAUUA